AUGGAGCGCGCACUUCAAGCAGCAGCCGCCAAACAUCUGUCGAAACCCGCGUCACCGCGAACCUCACAGUCCACGACACACUCGGUGCCAAAACCGCAAGAAGCAGAACCAGCGUCAGUCCCGACUUCCUCAGCCCUCGCCUACAUCCCCGCACCCUUCCCCGAAGAUCUCGACGCCUCUACCCUCGAGAAAACAACCCUCCGUGACAUCCAACCCUGGGACCUCAAAUCCCCGCUCCCAGUCAGCGACUGCCAGCCUCUGUUCUACGAUGCUGCGACGCAGGAAUACUACCUCUUCACUUGCGAAGGCGCGCUCCUCCUGCACAAAACGCAACCAAUAAUGUUGACGAAGCGGAAGGCACGCAAAUUCAUGUACGACUGGCCGCAGGGCAAUGACGCGGUACAAGUGUUGGGAAAGAAGCUGAAGGUCCCCAAAUCGAGUUCGCCGCUCAUCUCGUGUAAGAUGAUUAUCUAUCAUGCGGUGCAUGAUUCAGUCAUUGUCAAGAGGAAUAGUGGGAAUACAGGGCUGUUCCGAUUCUGUGUCGAUAAGGUCGUCAAGGUUGCGAAUCCGGGGUUCCUCAUGAAGGACGUCUAUACGCAGUUUGUUCGGCCGGACUUUGGGUGUGUGCUUAAAUGUACCUGUCCGCAGGUGUAUUAUUAUGGGAGAACAGUCUACUGUCCAACAUGCACAUCCUACCGCACGCCCCUCUGCAUAAACCUCAACAAUCUCACGCCCAAAGCCCCCCGCGUCGUCGGGAAACUCACAAUGCCCAUCCCCAUCGCGCGAAUAAUCCUCCACGAGUGUGCCGAACCCGGUACGACAAAACUCAGCAUCCCGCUCGCAUACAAAGCCCUCGUUCGCUGCUUCAACAUGCACGAUGUAUCCAAGAUCCCACUCAAGGAGGAGGAGCUGGUCGGGAACCUGCUACGGGACUGUCUGUUUGUUGAAACUGAGAGCGGUCGGUCGAGCUCGUCGGCGAAGAAGGGGAAAGACAAGGUGCAGCCGGAGACGCACAAGGUGUGCUGGGCGACGUUCUUCAAUAUCCCCGACAGGGAGAUCCCUCGGGGUCGGUGCCCUGCGCGGGGCUCAGUAAGCAGUGGCCAUGAGCAUGGAAGUCUACCUGGAACGGGGUCCGCGACUGUUGUAACAGCGAGGGGGUGA